CACUUCUAGAAAGCGGCACGCGGCCCUAGGUCUCACGUCUCUCUUUCUCUCUCUUCACUCUCCACACGCCUCUCUUCCUUUUCUCUCUCUGAAAAUUAUUCAUUUCGCGCAGAAACUUCCGCGAACCGUUGCAACUUGUAAAAGCUCGCCCAUUCCUCUUUCUCUCUAUUAUAUAUUUAUAUUCCAUUUCCAAUCUUUUUAUCUGCUUCCUCUCUGUUUGUUGCUCUGCGGCGGCGUCGUUUUCCUCCAUUUACGAAUGCUUAUGUAUGCGUGACCUUCAUUAGCGUUUGCGUCAUGUAUAUAAGCACAGCCUCAUCGUCCUCCUCUGCGCUCUCUUCUAUUCUCAGAGCUAGGUCCAGGCUUUUCGCUUCUUCUCCGUAUCUUUCUAGAACCUUCGCUGCUCCUUCUUCUUCUUCUUCUCCUCCUCCUGUCUCCGGUUACCGAUCUCUCAGCUUCUCCUCCGCGGUUCGAUCUCUCCGGUGCUCCGUCCCUCGCUGGAGCCACGGUGUCGAUUGGCGAUCUCCGAUCGGUCUCCGCUCUCAGAUCAGAGCCGUCGCUCCCGUCAUCGAACAAUUCCAGAGGAAGAUCGCCACUAUGGCAUCUGAACAUCCUUUCAAGGCACACUUGACAAGUCUUCCCAAGCCAGGAGGCGGCGAGUUUGGAAAGUUCUACAGCCUCCCGUCUUUCAAUGAUCCGAGGAUUGAGAAGUUGCCGUACUCUAUCAGAAUCCUUCUUGAGUCUGCAAUUCGUAAUUGUGACAACUUCCAAGUCAAGAAGGAAGAUGUUGAGAAAAUUAUUGAUUGGGAGAACACUUCUCCGAAUCAAGUUGAAAUUCCUUUCAAGCCCGCUCGUGUUCUCUUGCAGGACUUUACUGGAGUUCCUGCUGUGGUUGACCUUGCUUGUAUGCGUGAUGCCAUGAACAAACUUGGCAGCGAUUCUAACAAGAUCAAUCCUUUGGUUCCUGUUGAUCUUGUAAUUGAUCAUUCAGUACAGGUUGAUGUUGCAAGGUCUGAAAAUGCAGUGCAGGCCAAUAUGGACCUUGAAUUCCAGAGAAACAAGGAGAGAUUUGCUUUUCUUAAAUGGGGGUCUACUGCUUUCCGCAACAUGCUUGUUGUUCCUCCUGGUUCUGGUAUUGUGCAUCAGGUUAAUCUUGAAUACCUUGGACGGGUUGUGUUCAACACUGAGGGCCUACUCUAUCCUGAUAGUGUGGUUGGAACUGAUUCCCAUACAACCAUGAUUGAUGGGUUAGGAGUUGCUGGCUGGGGAGUUGGAGGUAUUGAAGCAGAAGCAGCAAUGCUUGGCCAGCCCAUGAGCAUGGUGUUGCCUGGUGUUGUUGGGUUCAAGUUAUCUGGAAAAUUGCACGAUGGUGUUACUGCUACUGACUUGGUUUUAACUGUGACACAAAUGCUGAGGAAGCAUGGUGUUGUUGGCAAAUUUGUUGAGUUCUAUGGGGAAGGCAUGGGUAAGUUAUCACUAGCUGACAGGGCCACUAUUGCCAACAUGUCUCCUGAAUAUGGUGCAACCAUGGGGUUCUUCCCUGUAGACCAUGUCACUUUACAGUAUCUCAAAUUAACUGGAAGAAGUGAUGAGACGGUGGAAAUGAUAGAAGCAUAUCUCCGGGCAAACAAACUGUUUGUUGACUACAAUGAGCCUCAACUAGAAAGAGUAUACUCCUCUUAUCUACAACUGGAUCUUGCGGAUGUUGAACCUUGUAUGUCAGGACCAAAGAGACCUCAUGAUCGAGUGCCUUUGAAAGAAAUGAAGUCUGACUGGCACGCUUGUCUUGAUAACAAAGUUGGAUUCAAGGGGUUUGCUAUACCAAAAGAAGAACAAGAGAAAGUGGCAAAAUUUUCAUUCCAAGGACAGCCAGCAGAGCUUAAGCAUGGUAAUGUUGUAAUUGCUGCAAUCACAAGCUGCACCAAUACAUCAAACCCUAGCGUCAUGCUUGGGGCAGGUCUUGUUGCAAAAAAGGCUUCUGAGCUUGGUUUGCAGGUCAAACCGUGGGUGAAAACAAGUCUUGCACCAGGCUCUGGAGUUGUUACAAAAUAUUUACUCCAGAGUGGACUACAAAAAUAUUUAAACCAACAGGGCUUCAAUAUUGUUGGAUAUGGCUGCACAACAUGUAUUGGGAAUUCAGGGGACUUAGAUGAAUCAGUUGCUGCUGCCAUUACAGAAAAUGACGUAGUAGCAGCUGCUGUGCUUUCUGGGAACCGGAAUUUUGAGGGUCGUGUUCAUCCGUUGACAAGAGCUAACUACCUUGCAUCGCCUCCUUUAGUGGUCGCCUAUGCCCUUGCUGGCACGGUUGACAUUGACUUUAAUAAGGAGCCAAUUGGCACAGGGAAGGAUGGUAAGAGCAUCUAUUUUAGGGAUAUCUGGCCGACUGCAGAAGAAAUUGCAGAGGUUGUUCAAUCCAGUGUGUUGCCUUCUAUGUUCAAAAGUACUUAUGAGGCAAUUACAAAAGGCAAUCCCAUAUGGAAUGACCUAUCGGUUCCAACUGCCACCUUGUAUUCAUGGGACCCCAACUCAACCUACAUUCACGAGCCUCCAUACUUCAAAAACAUGACCCUUGAUCCUCCUGGAGUCCAUGGGGUGAAGGAUGCUUACUGCCUGGUGAACUUUGGCGACAGUAUUACAACAGAUCACAUUUCCCCAGCAGGAAGCAUUCACAAGGACAGUCCUGCUGCAAAAUACCUUAUUGAGCGUGGGGUGGAUCGCAAAGACUUCAAUUCCUAUGGAAGUCGCCGUGGCAAUGAUGAAGUGAUGGCAAGGGGAACAUUUGCCAAUAUCCGCAUAGUUAACAAGCUCUUGAACGGAGAAGUGGGCCCAAAAACAGUUCAUGUUCCUACUGGAGAGAAACUCUAUGUUUUUGAUGCAGCAAUGAGGUAUAAGACUGCUGGACAGGAUACCAUUAUACUGGCUGGUGCUGAGUAUGGGAGUGGAAGCUCCAGGGAUUGGGCUGCCAAGGGUCCAAUGUUAUUGGGAGUGAAAGCAGUGAUUGCCAAAAGCUUUGAGAAAAUUCAUCGCAGUAAUUUGGUGGGAAUGGGUAUUGUUCCACUUUGUUUCAAGGCUGGUGAGGAUGCAGAUACACUUGGAUUGACUGGUCAUGAACGUUACACCAUUGAUCUUCCUAACAAUGUUAGCGAUAUGAGGCCAGGCCAAGAUGUGACUGUCACAACUGACUCUGGAAAAUCUUUCACCUGCAUCGCCCGCUUUGACACUGAGGUGGAAUUGGCUUAUUUCAAUCAUGGAGGCAUACUUCCAUAUGUUAUUCGGAAUUUGACCAAGCAAUAGAUUACUGCUUUGUUCCAAUAUCGGCCUUGCGACAUCCAUUUGAGUUCAUUUCCGUUGUAAAAUGUGAGGGAAUAAAACUUUUUAAUAACAGAAAAAAUUCCCAUUUAUGGGACACGUAUUUUUGUUUCCUUUUAAACGCCAUCGAGGGGUGGGUGCAAGCAUGUUUUCCUCUAUAAAGAAAGGGGUAUUUUUUUUAGUCAAUAUUAUUCUUGUUUUAUUUUCUCGAUCUUGUCGAGCGUAUAGGCUGUUGUAGCGUGCAUGAAAUACUGCGACAUUAACUUUAAGGCUACACAUAUGUGAUUGUUUUGAAGGCUAAUCGACCAAACUGCUUUACAACACAAA